CGCGUUAUAUCAACACGGGUGUGUGAUGUUCAUACAACCGUAAACGCUGCCGUACUCACAGACUCAUAAACCAGGCGAAUGUCCAGACCCUGAUACUGCGUUUAUGAAAAUGUUACACAAUAUUGGUGAGUCUGUGUGAAGUUUUAAGGUUAAAGCUGGAGAAGAUUUUCAAGCCUAACGCUCAAGGGGUCGGUAACCUGACCGACACCCUCAUGCGUGAUGUUCGUCCGUCAGUGUCCGUUACGGAGGGAAAAGUGCUGGAUACACCGGUCACGUUCGCGGAUAUUCCGAGACUCAACGGUCCCGGAGCUGGAGGCAGAGUAUCAAUCAUCGAUGGUCGGUUAUCCGCCAUGGAAAAUGCCGCGAACAUGCGACCUGGGAUCUUAUCACGUGACAAUAAGUCAAGGCUGUCCACACACACGCGUGAUGUGAAAUCACGUGCAUCUUCGGACGGACGACACCGGGAAAAAGAUGCAGGCUACUUCAGACAGGGUCGCACGGACCUGUCAUCGGCCAGUAGAGAACUGUUGAGAAAACGACUGUUUACCACGGCGGAACACAUGAGAAAGGAAAAACCAACAAAAAGAAAAAGAACGGUAACCUUUGACCCCAACACCAAAGGUCAAAGAGUGCACAGGGGACAAGUAACAGACAUAAGUUUCGACGACAUUCCAGGUGUAAGUUCGGAAAAAGGAACCGGGGAGCUUGGUCAGUUGUUUACUGUGUUGCGGCCUUGCCCGGAGAUAAUAAAAACUUGGCCGGACGAUGUCCUAUCAAAGCGGUUCUACACUUCCCAUGAUCAACGUCACGCAAUUCCGAAGUCUUUGUGGCGACCCGGCAAAUCACCAAGGGGCCAGAGUGACGUUAUGUCGAGAUCUGGGUACAGUGAAAUCACAGGGAGAACCGGGGAGACUGUUACCAGCGCCACCUCGUGCCGGGCUGUUACCAGCGCCACUUCUUCAGUUUCAGAUUAUCUGACAGAAAAACGUAUGCCAGAACUUUUGGAGGAAUUUUACACGGAUAAAAAAUACUUGGAUAAGUUCGUGGAAUAAACUGGACGUGGUUCUGACGAGAGAAUAUACGCAGAGAGAGGACGUACAUUUCUGAAUAACAGAGCGAACUACUGGGCAAAACGCGGGGACUUGUCCACCCGGCCCCCUGCAACAAAUUUAGGCCUUCGUCUGGCUCGGGAGCGAAGUACGACAGUGUUUUGACAGGCGACAAAACUCGCUUUAUAUUGUUAGUUAUAUUGUCAAGUCAAAUCUACUGCUUUGAAUUAUUCACGUUAUGGGACAGACACAUCUUUUGGAUACAGAAACAGUAACCAACACAGUAUCGAUGAGAGAAUGGCAGCUGAUUAUAAACUGUUGUGCGUAUGAACAAUUUAAAAAUGUAGAUGCAGAAGAACAUAGGUUCCACUUGUCCUCUCCUCUAGUUGCCAUUUCACAACCGAUAGGAGAAUGAUGUCGUC